AUGUUUUGGAGUCUUUUUGUUUUUGUAGAGGAGGGUCUCCCCUUCUGGAGCCCUUCUGGAUCCGGUUGCAUCUCACCAUCUUCAAAGCCUGCCCCUGAGUCGCAAUUCGUCUGGCUUAGAUUGGGGCCAGCGGAGAACGAUGAUGCAACGGAAAGGGACUUCAUGCCUAACUCGACCGUUUGCAUUAGAGUUUACAAGGCUGGUCAGUUUGAGUCUUUGAGAUACGACUCUCCACUAUGGAUCCCUAAGUGA